AUGGUCCGCGUGGGCGGCGGUUGGGACACCCUUGACCAUUACCUCAGUCAUCAUAGUCCGACCAAAAUCCUGGAAUUUAAGCGUAACGAUCUGACGAAGACGCCGAACACGAGCCCGAAACACGACCCAGACACGGGAGAGACGGCAGGGACGAACAACAGUUCGGACGAAAAAUAUCUAGUCAUUUCCGGAAAUGUCUGUUGGUUCUUAACCCUGCGGUACUGUGACCCUGACGCCAAACGGUACUGUGACCCUGACGCCAGACGGUACUGUGACCCUGACUCCAGACGGUACUGUAACCCUGACGCCAGACAGUACUGUGACUCUGACUCCAGACGGUACUUUGACCCUGACUCCAGACGGUAUGCUGCUGGGAAAUCUAUCUAUCUCAGUCUGUUCAUUAUCUAUCUAUCUAUCUAUCUAUCUAUCUAUCUAUCUAUCUAUCUAUGUUGA